AUGGUAAGUUUCAACACCAGUUUCAGUGAAGGGUUCAUUUUGGUGGGCUUUUCAGAUUGGCCUCAAUUGGAACUCUUCUUUUUUGUGUUCAUUUUAAUUUUCUACUCCCUAACGAUCUUGGGCAACACCACGAUUAUUAUCCUGUCUCGGCUGGACCUUCGGUUGCACACACCCAUGUACUUCUUUCUGUCCCACCUCUCAUUCCUGGACCUCUGCUUUACCUCCAGCACUGUGCCGCAGCUUCUGAUCAACCUUCAUGGACUUGACAGGACCAUCAGCUAUGGAGGGUGUGUAGCACAGCUGUUUAUCUACCUUGCACUGGGUUCCACUGAGUGUGUGCUCCUGGUGGUAAUGGCCAUUGACCGCUAUGCAGCUGUGUGUCGUCCACUCCAUUACACAACCAUAAUGCACCCCUGUCUGUGCCAGACAAUGGCUAUUGCUUCUUGGUUGGGAGGCUUUGUGAACUCUCUGAUUCAGACAGGUCUGGUGAUGGCCAUGCCUCUCUGUGGCUAUAGACUGAACCACUUCUUUUGUGAGAUGCCUGUAUUCCUGAAGUUGGCAUGUGAGGACACAGAAGGAACAGAAGCAAAGAUGUUUGUAGCCCGAGUCAUAAUAUUGGUUGUUCCUGCAGCUCUAAUUCUAGUGUCCUAUGUACACAUUGUUAGGGCAGUUCUGAGAGUCAAAUCAAUGGCUGGACGUAGAAAGGCAUUUGGAACUUGUGGGUCUCACUUGCUGGUGGUUUUCCUUUUUUAUGGCUCAGCCAUCUACACAUAUCUUCAACCUAUCCACAGUUAUUCUGAGAGUGAGGGAAAAUUUGUUGCCCUUUUCUAUACUAUAGUUACUCCCAUCCUCAAUCCUCUGAUUUAUACCUUAAGGAAUAAGGAUGUGAAAGGAGCUCUAUGGAAAGUGCUAAUGAGAGGCAGAGACUCAGGGUAG